AUGAACUCGUGCAGUAGAGGCGAAAUAGCCUCCUCAGAGGACGAUCGCCAGGACUUGAUCACCCUCAACCGACUGGGCGAAAUGCUGAAGCCAAAGUUGAUCGAGACAGUCGUCAGUGUGAACGCGAUCACGCGAGCUGCUGAGAGACGACGACGCACCCCGAAAGCGAUGGACGAAGCUGUCAUACAGCGCAUACGGUGUCAGAGGAUUAGGCAAGCUCAGGAUGAAGAGAAGUGGAUUGCUGACCUGAAGAAGUACCUGGACGGGGAAGUGAGUGACCUGACAGCAGAAGAGGCGAAGGCAUGUUCGAAGAUAGCCGCGAAUUACGAAGUGGACGAGAACGGGCUACUCUUCUUUUGCCCCAAGACGCUGCAACGAGGCGAAGACCGCGACGGUGUCGUCAGGAUGGUGAUACCCGACAGCUUGCAGCGGGACUUCCUUCACCAUUAUCACGCCAGUCUUGAAGGAGGCCAUCAAGGCGUCGGAAGGACGUACCGGAGGAUCCAAGCGAACUUUCACUGGCGCGGGCUGUAUCGCAGUGUACAACGUUACGUGGGAGAAUGCACCGAUUGCGAAACCGGGAAGGGAAAGCCAACGGGUCAGGGAGAAUCACCAGGAAAUAUCCAGGGUACAUACCCCUUCCAGGUGAUCUCCAUGGACCACAUUCCAUCGUUGCCCAAGUCGUUCAAAGGAAACACCGAACUGCUGAUUUGGGCUGACUUGUUCACCGGUUACGUGAUAGCCAAGGCUGGUCCGUCGAGGGAGGCGCAGGCAGUGGCUGAGAAUUACGAGGAAUGCGUCUUCCGUCGUUUCGGCGCAAGCGAAGUCAUCAGACAUGACCGGGAGCCUGGCUUUAUGUCGGAUUUCUUCCGUGCCUUCAGCCGGAUCGUGAAAAUGAGACAGAGCGCGAAAAUGGCUUACCGUCCACAAGGGAACGGCAAAGCCGAGCGAACGGUG